UAGAUUCGGUUGAUUUUUUCCCUCUUAAUUUAUUUUUCUGAUUGGUCAGUGGCCAACAUUUAGCGACCACUGUCAAAAGCAAAUAACUGUGAAUGUAUAUUAUUGGACAAUUUAAUACCGAUCUAUCUAAGUGCUUGGAUGGUGGUAAUGAUGCAAUCCAGUUUGUCAUCCUCGAAUGGUCAUCUAUGUUUUUGGUCGUUCAUUUUACCUAGAAGAAAUCCAUUUUUUUUAACUCAAUGAAUGAAGGAUGGAUACCGUUUUAUUUCGAAUCCAUAAUUAUCCAAUCGUUUAAAUCUGAUACUUACCCGGUUGAAUUUGGACAUUCAAUGUUUGAACAUUGUAAUCAUCGGCGUUUGAAUAAUUCGAUAGAAUGACCCCACCACCACCACCACCUCCGCCACCUCCAUCAUUUUUUCAAUCCUCAUCAUAUGAUUGGAAUCACAAAUCUCAUCAUCGAACCGAAUCAUCGAGUGAAUUUGAUUCAUCUAAACUUCACAAAUUAACAAUGUCACAGAAAUGUUCGACUAUUGAACAUACAAAAUCAAAACAUUAUCAACAACCUUAUGGUAAAUAUUCAAAUGCCGAAUUUCAUCGUUCAUGUCGACCACGAUCUUCUUAUAAUUUUUCAGGAAACACUCAUGAUUGCAAUACAAUAAGUUAUCAUCAGCAACAGCAUUCAAAACCAAAAAUUUAUCAACAAAAUCAACAUUCACCUUCGAAAUACAUCAAUAGAAAUAAUCUACAGCUUGUACGUCAAAAAUCUGAUAAUUCCGAAUGUUCAGAAAUCAGACAAUCGAAUAGUAAAAAUGAUCAAUUAGCCAUGUUUGAUGGAUCAAAAAAAUCUCGAUGCAUAUUAUUUUCACAGAUUUAUCUUAUAACUCAUGUUUCUAUUACAAUUUGUUUAAACAAAACAAGAGAUAUGGAAACGACAAUAUCAGAAACAAUUACGAAUUCUUUAGAUCUUAUAAUCGAUAUCUAUUUAUUCUACAUUUUGGUCGCUUCAUUAUUUUUCUUCGUCCUGUUAAGAUAUUAUGCCGUACCUCGAUUCACAGAUAAUCUAACGUUCAAUGAAUUGACUGAACAAACGCCAAUCUUGUUCGGUGCAAUAAUAUUGGGUUUCAGUGAGUUGGCUCAAUGUUUGAUAGAAUUAAUUGAAUGUGUUGAAUCUGAUUCAAUGAUAAUACCAGUGGCUAAAUUUUGCUAUCAUAUCGCUUUUAUGCAUUUUCUGCUAUCUCAAAUUAUCUACAAUGAUUAUAUUGGACUUCGAAACAUUGCCAUUGCUCAUCUUUUAUCAACACAAAUUUCAUUGUGGAUUCUGUCCACAUCCUCUAAACAAGUUCAUGUCGGACAACAUAAGCAUUGCUGCGAUUAUAAACUUGAUUUAAGAACAUUUCGAAUUGUUUUGUUCAAUGAUAAUAGCAGCCGAUUAUUGGGAAACGAACAUGAUGGUUUGAUGAAAAUAAAUGGAAACCAUACUGAAAACUUGAUUGCCGAUCCAUUUCAGAUCAGUCUAUUCAUCUUAAACAAUCAGUUUAAAUUUCUUACUGUCUUUAUAUUGUUAACAAUGUGGUUUUCCAACAAUCAAUCCAAGAUCAAUUUUAUUCGUGCAAAACUUUCAGAAGAAGAAGUGAUUCGUUCUGCUUAUUUGAAUCCUGAAAGCAAACUAUACAUGUUUCGUGGUUUUAUGGUUGGUUCGAUUUUCUUAUUAAGUUCUAUUGCUUCAAUUAUUUUCUAUGAUAAUCGAUUGAUACAAUAUUCUGCAUCCAUAUUCAUUCAAAUUAUGAUCAUUGUGAUUUCGUUGACCGGUUUGGUUGUUCGAAGACAUCAAAUUGACGUAAAUGAUCCUAAAUAUCAGAUCAACAUAUUGAAACAUCAUUUUAUCAUUUUUGUAACAUUAUUUUUGGUAUACAAUGUAUCGUUGAUGAACAUUAAAUCAUUUUUCAUCAGACUAAUAACAGAUGGAUCAUCGAAUAAUAUAAUGGAUGCCAAAACUACAAUUCAAAUGAUUGUGCCAAUACUGUCAUUAAUUAGUUCUCUAUCUCUCAUCAUCCAGGUGACCAUACAAUCGUAUUUGCUUCGAUUACAAGGCAAAAAAUUGAUCAACAUGACUCAUGUAUUUUCAUUAUUGGCUAUUGCUAAUUUUUCAUUAUGGAUGAUCGAUGUAUCGAUGAUUGUAAGUGAUCGAGAUUUAUGGCCAAUUAAAUGGCAAGAUCAGGUCCAUUCAACUUUCGAAAAUGAUAAUAAUAAUGACUCGUUGAAACAUCCAGAUGAUUCGAAAUAUUUACGAAAUAUUCUCAAUGUAUUCGUACCGAUGAAUCGUUACUAUUGUUCAUUAAUAUUUUUUCAUUUUUGGAAAUUAAAAAUGUAAUUUAAUUGAAUUUAUAAAUCGAAUAUUUUAAGCUAAUAAAAAGCCAUCAUUCAAUUG